GCCGGAAGUCAUAAUCAUGUUCAAAUAUUCAAACAACUUAGUAGAGUUCGGUCUGGAUCUCCCCUCAUAGUCGGUCAUUGGUCGUUACGGAAAGGAUUAUCAGUUGUUCGUACAGCGUAUAAGUACCCGAGUCGAGACUACGAUGAAUGUGCGCCACGAGCUGACCGGAAAACUAGUUUUCAAAACUUGGCUUCUUUCACGGUGGAUAAGCUUGUUGCAUUGAAUUGAUCGUCAAUCUACACUUAUGAAAGGCGUGGGACCAAGGCUGUUUGCUGUUCUUUAAAAGUUUGUAUUUGACCGUAAAACAGCCGUAAAACAAAAACUGCUAAAAUAGUGACGCCGUUCACACGUAUUGUCACUGUUGACUGGCGUACGCACGAUUCGGUAAGAGUCAACGGAAUCCGUGGCUACCUUCUUUUGUAAUCGACAAUACGAUUUUACUUCAGCGGAGAUUGGACUUAAACACGCGCAACACAGUGCAUCGCCGAAAAUGCCGUCGAAAAAGAACAAGUACAAUUUGGUAGAGGACACAUACGACUCGCGAAUACCUCUUCACAACGAAGAAGCUUUCCAGCAUGGUCUAAAGUUUCAAGCCAAGUACAUCGGUACUCUUGAUGUGCCACGGCCAAGCAGCAGAAUCGAAAUCGUGGCAGCGAUGCGAAGAAUUAGGUAUGAAUUCAAAGCAAAGGCAAUCAAAAAGAAAAAAGUGAACAUUGUGAUAUCAGUGGAUGGCAUCAAAGUUAUUGUCAGAAAAAAGAAGAAGAAAAAGAAACAAUGGACUUGGGAUGAGAACAAACUGAUGGUUAUGCACCAUCCAAUAUAUAGGGUUUUUUACGUGUCCCAUGAUUCUCAAGACCUGAAAAUAUUCAGUUUCAUAGCGAGAGAUGGUGCCACCAAUGUAUUUAAGUGCAAUGUAUUUAAAUCUCACAAAAAAAGUCAAGCAAUGAGAAUAGUACGUACCAUUGGACAGGCUUUUGAGGUGUGUCAUAAAUUGAGUCUUCUUCAUGCUGCUGCGGCCGCUGAUGGUGCAGACGGUGAGAGCGACAAAGCCGACGAGAAGCUAUCACCAAAGAAAGGAAGGGGUUCACGAUCUGCUGAUGGUGGAAUCGCAGAUGAUAUUGAUAAUGUGGAAGAGACUGACAUUGAUGCAGAUGAUGAUACCCCACAUACAUUGGCAGCUGCCAUGGCAACACCCCAAGGAUACUUAUCAGGCAGAGCAACUGAUUUGGAUGCAUUCAAAGGAACACCAGUUUCUCUUGCCGGACGCUUCAGAUCAAAUCAAAUGGAGAGUACAAUGUUAACGACACCUUUGAUGUCUCCGCCCUUGCUGCGAGCAGAAAACGAGGGGUCACUGAGUAUGUAUCAUCACAAACAGCUCCUGCAUCAGCAAUUGCAGCAGCAACAGCAGCAGACACAAGUAGCGAUCGCCCAAGUGCAUCUCCUAAAGGAUCAAUUAGCUGCCGAGACCGCAGCUCGAAUCGAAGCACAGCUGAUUUGUCAAUUGCAAGAUGCUGAAACGAGAGAACAACGAUCAUUCGAUCGCAACACAACAUCGGAUAACAACACAUCAUUCCAUUUACAAAGUGAGAUAGUAACAGAUCCUACCACGCCAAGGCCGGAAUUGCCGUAUAUGCCAGAAUUUUCUGUCAUUGAUCAAACAUUUCCGGAGAGCAUGCUGAGUGGAGAUUCCCACGAAGUGUUUGCAAAUAGUAAUUUCAAUGGUACACUGGAUAAUACAGUAGUCAAUUUGAAUACAGACGGCUCGACAAGCGGAAGUGUUAAUAAUUCUGAACAUAACGAUAAACUUGAAGACAGCUUGAAACGAUUGAAUAUCUGUAACUCGCAAUAUUGCGGUGAACAAAACAAUUGUGGGGAUGUGCAACGUUCCGGAAGUUACAUUGAUAGUGAUACGAAAUCUAGUCUGCCUGUUAUUCUGCCUUUGGGGUCUCAAGACGCAACUUCCAACAAGCUUGCUCUAAAGAUCAGUACGCGACAAGAACCUGAGAACAAAGGAUACGGUUCUAUGAUCGAAACGACAAAUCUAAGCAGCUCUGAAAAUUCACCGGACAGUACUUUGGACAGUGGUGCCGCAACAAUGACCAUCACCUCAUCUGAUAGUGGGCCGAUGAGUGAUGUCACACCAAGUGAAGUCAGCAAUGGGAUUAGUGAUAAGAGAACAGUUUAUACGUUCGAUGAGAACGAUUUCAACAUCAAAACUAGCGACAAUGUUUCUAGUGAUUUGGACUCUAAGACACCAACAUCCAAUCUUAGUACUCCUCUUUCUCUGAGUCCGAAGAAAACCAUGUUAGCAGAUACCCGACUGCACAUAAGUUUUUCCGAUGACGACAACACGGAAAACUCUGAAGAUUCUGGUGUGCCGCAGCAGGCUCAGAUAGUAGACUCAUUAACUUUUGAAGACUUUGACAACUUGAGUUCUGGUUAA